AGCGACUUCGGCGGGGAUUUUAUUUCUCUCGAUACGUGUACUUCAAGGUAUCUUGGGACAAACCUCUAGAUCUCGUUGUCUCUUUCCUACACUUCCUAUUUAAAAAAUCCCGAGAACUCUAGUCUACUAAAGUUAGAUUUAUCAGUCCAAUACCUCUUUUUGAAUCGUCAUCUUUCAACAGGUGUACGAGGAUCACGAAAAGCCAAAAACCAGUCCAUGUCCUUAACUCCUCCCCUCCGCACGAGACUUGCCUACAAACUCACAGCUACAUCAACCGUGACAACCACUAGAGCGGCCGCAGCAGCCUCAAGAAGACUCUCCUCUCUUUCCUCACACUUGACGCCGCACGCUCAUCCUCAACAAUCGAACCAUCCCCGACGUAUCUUCACACGUACAAUAAUGUCGUCCGUACCGUCCACCAUGAAGGCAAUCCUGGUCCCAGAGAACGGUGGGGCCGACGUGAUGAAGUACACCGAGUCCCAGCCGGUCCCUAAACUCUCGGACGGACAGGUGCUUGUCAAGAACAACUUUGCCGGAGUCAAUUUCAUCGACACAUACUUUCGGUCUGGCUUGUACCCUGCUCCAGGAGGCCUGCCCAUGAUCAUCGGUCAAGAGGCGGCCGGCACGAUCGCAAAGGUCCAGGGAUCCAACGCCCAGGGCUUCAAAGAGGGCGACCGGGUCAUCUGGUUGGGUUCGGGAGGUUACGCAGAGUACACGGCCAUCAAGGCCGACAGGGUGGUCAAGAUCCCCGACGGCAUGUCGGACGAAGUCGCCGUCGGCGGCUUCCUCAUGGGCAUGACCGCCUUGAGUCUGGUCAAGGAGGCGUACCCGGCCAAGAAGGGUGAGACCAUCCUGGUCCACGCCGCCGCCGGCGGAAUGGGUCUGUUGCUCUGCCAGAUCCUCAAGGACAUGGGCGUCACCGUCAUCGGUACCGCCGGCGGUCCUGAGAAAUGUGCCCUAGCCAAACAAAACGGUGCGACACAUGUCAUUGACUACAAGAAAGCCGACGGCCCCAGCUGGGUCGAACAGGUCCUUAAACUCACAGACGGUAAAGGAGUCGAUUGUACUUUUGACGGAGUAGGUAAGGAUACUUACGAAGGUAGCCUCGAGGUUGCAAAGAGGAAGAGUAAAGUAGUAUAUUUUGGAAACGCGAGUGGUGCAAUCCCACCAUUCAAUAUCGCCAGACUAUCUGCAAAGAAUGUUUCCAUAAUGCGUUCUACCCUGAUGCAAUACAUUGUGACGCGUGAGGAGCUGGAAUUUUAUGCCAAUGGAGUCCUUGAUCUCAUCAAGGCCGGUAAACUGAACAUUAAAAUCCACAAGGUGUACCCUCUCAAGGACGCCAUCAUGGCGCACAAGGACCUCGAGGGCAGGAAGACGACUGGAAAACUGUUGUUGCAAUGUUGAACAAUUUCUCGAGGAACUGGAUAAACCUUUUGGCCUCAGGCUCUUGUGUAUAUACUGAGGAAUCAAGAAUGAACACAUUGAUUCAACUUUUCAAUCCUAUGGUCUCGGACGGAUUGAUUUUUGUUCAUGUGAUGAUUCUGUUGUGAUGGACAAUUCCUCAUACCAUUUCUUGUCCCUACUGUCAUCCAUCACUGAUUCCUUUGCCUCCCUGGUAUUCCGUGCUUGAUCCUCUGCAUGACAUUGGCACUUCAAUCCUUUCCUUCCGAAUUCGUCAGCACUUAUUAGCUGAUUUGAUCUUGUCCUGGUCUUUUGACUCUG